AUGACGAUCGAAACUGACGAAGAUAAUGGCGUUCCGUAUGAUGAAAAGUCAUUAGCAUAUCAGCAUACAGUAUUUCAGCAUUAUAUAUACUGCGAUGUAAGUAGGCAAGGCAUUCUAGCCUAUGGUGGGAAUUUUAUCUUGCCUGCAAAGCAUUACUACGACAUUGAUCCGUAUUCAUUUGAUUACGGGCACACUCUUUUACGAUAUGACAAAGCUGUUAUUGGAUUUUCUUUUCAUCCUCAAUUCGGCCAUGUAGUUCAAGACAUGAUUGGAGGUAUUCUCAGCAUUCCAAGCGAAAUACUAAAAGAUGCGCAUAUAUUUCUUCGAUCUGCAGAAAGUCAAGCUCAACAAUACAUGAAAAUUCUCGGAAUUAGUUCUGACCGAGUACAUAUACUGAAAGAAGAAUGGAUUUUCGUCAAAGACUUAUACAUUUCGUGCGGGUAUUUCGGAAUUUCAUGUCUCCAAGUUUCAUUUAAAGAUUUACAUGACAUAAUUUACAGAAAUAAUAAUUUGACAAAUAUUAAGCCAACAGAAUAUAUAUUUAUAAACAAAGAAUCGAAUAAUUGGGGACAUGUCAAGAAUAUGCAAGAAUUAUUCGAUGCAGCUCAAAAUAAAUAUCCUGAAAUCAAAUGGACUCAAUAUCCACCAGACACAGUCUAUAAUAUUGAAAGAGCAAUGCAUUUGUUUGCAAGAACCAAAGUUUUUGUUAGUGCUACCGGUUCAACUUCUUUUAAUAUUAUUUUUAUGCAUCCAAAUACGAGUUGUUUAUUAAUAGAUGGCCUUUUCUGUAACUUCCCAUGCCUUGCGAUUGCUCAUACCCUUGAUUUGUUCUUUUAUUACUAUGGAAGUGAUGAUAUAUCAAGAUUCAAAAAACAACUCGGAAAUAUUACAGUAAAACCAUUUAUGAAGGCCUUGGAAAUGGUUGUAUAUGCAGCACAUAAUGGAAAGUGGCCGAAACACACUCUUCCAUCAAAAAGUUUGAGUCAUGAAAGAGAAAAUUUGAUUAAAAAGAUUUUCAAAGAAAAUGAAACGAAUUUAUUGGAAUAUGAACAGGAAAUGGAGAGAAAUGCUCUCACUGAUACAUAUCCAAGAAUACAGGACUACGUAAAAACUCCUAUUAGAUUUUCUUUUGAUAAAAAGUUGUCAAACAUACAAAAGAAAAUGAGAGGAUUGAAAAAUUACUUCUCAAUAUUAAUUUAA